GCACCUGCAAUUGGAGUCAUCAUGUUUUAAAGUUUACAACAAUCCAAAGACCUCCUGGUGUUUUGCAUUGGCCAGGCUGAGCUGUGGUGUAAGAGAGAGAGAAGCAGGUUUAGGAAAGAGGAAUGACAAGCUCAUGCUCAUGGAACUUGACCAGGGAGGAGCCUCUCUUUUUAGUCACUGCUUGGACACAUGAAGAGAUGUGAUGAAAAAGACCUUAUCUAUGAAGAGCCAAGAGGUGAGAGCAGGCAAAAUUGUGAGAAGAAAAUAAGGGGACUGUUGAACGUCCCUUCUGACGAGGUCUGCCUCUUACAGUUCUGAGUGUUUCACUCACCCCCUGUAAAAAUAUCCUCUUCAUUAUAUCAGAGUCUGGCAAGGAGAAAGGACUCUCUACCACUCAGACCAAGAAUUCCCCUGAAACAGGAGUGACCCCAGAGAACUGAAGCCAGAAACAGGUAAGGGGUUGCCUCUGAGGAAUGGGACAGGGAUGGGAGAGGUGGAACAGCCUUCUCAUUAUAAAUCCUUCUAAGUGCUUCUGUUUUGUUUUGAUUGGAAGGGGGGAAAGAUACACGAUACACACACACACACACACACACACACACACACGUUGCUAUAUAUAUAUAGCAAUGCGCAGGCCUUUCUGUUUGUUUGUUUGCAGUUUCACAUAUUUAUUUUUGGCAGGAAGGAAAUCAUUGCAAACCUCUUGACUGACAAUGUUCGCCCCCUGGAAACGUGCACAUUCCACAUGUAGUAUUUUCCCAGUGUUGCUGGAUUGUUUAUCACAUUCAAAUGUCCAACAGAAAACCAUGACUACCCAGACACCGGCAUCUCCACCACUUGGUGGGUGGUGGUGUUAGUCUACAGAGAAGCUCCCUGGAGAAUGGAACAGGAACAGACACCAUCAAAUUUACAGUAAAAUAGCAACAGAGGGAGCCACUUGAUUUUGCGCAGGUAAAGGCAAGCACUUCAAACCAUCCACUCUUCUCGAACCCUGGCAUGCCAACUGUCCAUCACAGCACCUUUAAAAGCAGAGGCACAAACGUCACAAGUGUUUGACCAUAGGGCUGUGUGGUUCUGCAUUUCUUGAGAAAGCCAUCUUUAAUAUACAGCGUUGUAAAAUGUUGCCAAGUUAUAGAUUUACAGAUUUCCUUUUUAUACAACAAGUUCAAGUGCUGCAACUGUGACAAGUCUGUGUCAUUAGAUAUAUAUAUAUUCCUUGCCUCGCCCUGCUCUGGACCCAGCACCCCAGCCCUGGCUCAGUUCCAGGCCUCACUGUACCACCCCAGUGAGAUCAUCUCCUCAGGAAACAGGCCACAGGGAGUCAAGUGACACGCUGAGAUCACACAGCUGGAUGGGGCACAGCCAGGACCCCUGAGGUCCUCCAGCUCUUGUUCUUUCCCUGGGGUCUCAUCCCAACCCACCCAGCCUCCCAACCGCCCAGCCUGUGGCUCUCAGCCAAAUUUCACCUGAAAAGAACACUUGGUUUCUGGGGGCCAGGAUCACUGUUGACUGCCCUUCCACGAGCAGGGGAGCAACACAGGGUCUCAUGGCCUGGAGGAGGAGAGCAGUGUGUCAAGACAGCCCUGCGAUGGGACCUGUGACAGAGAUGACACCUGCCAGCCUGAUGGUGCCAGCCUCUCUGCCAAACACCUCACCUGCAUUCGCUCAUUUAAUCCCCAUCAGUAUUUAUUUAUGAGGAAUUUCCACUGAGAUGAGAAGACAGGCCAAAGCGAAAGCAGGUUGGAUCCAGCCCGUCCCCGUGGAAACGCGCGCUUCCGUUUGUCCCCGAGAGGGACUUGUUGACCACAAAUAUCUGCAAGGUCUGGCGCAUGGAGGACGACACACUGAGACUAAGAGAGUCCAGCUCUCUCACAUCAGCGGCCGGUGGUUUGGAGAACAUGGGGGCUGAGCUGUUGGAAAGCCUGGAGGAAGGCCGGGACCCUCACAGUGACUCAAGCCCUGCAGAAGUCAGGGACAGCGGGAGCAAGGCUGGCCCGGAGCCCUCCUCAGGAUGGAGGAGCCUGCAGCCAGCCCUGAGGGUGAGACGCUUCUGCAGAGGGCAUGCACAGCUGUUUCGAUGGAUCUGCACAGGCCUGCUAUGUACUGCAUUUGCUGCCUUCCUGCUGAUUGUCUGCCUCCUGGAUUUCCAGAGGGCCCUGGCAUUGUUUGUCCUCACCUGUGUGGACCUUGUCUUCCUGGCCCACAACCUGCUGAAGAGGCCACUGGGGCCAAAGCUGCUGAGGUGUGUCAAGCCUCUGGGGCAUCCCCGCCUGAACCUCUGGUUUAAGAGGGAGCCCUUUCUAGCCCUUGCUGCUUUCCUGGCCCUGAUCCUAUGGCUGGUUCUGGACACCUCUCAGUGGCCUGAGCAGCUGGUGUCCUUUGGAGGAAUCUGCAUGUUUGUCAGCCUCCUCUUUGCCUUCUCAAAGCAUCACCGCACAGUAUCCUGGUGGGCUGUGUCCUGGGGUCUUGGACUACAGUUUGCACUUGGACUCUUCGUCAUCAGAACAGAACCAGGAUUUAUUGCAUUUCAGCUGGGCGACCGGAUCCAGAUCUUCCUGAGCUACAGGUCCAGCUUCUUGUCUGGGGAGGCUCUGGUCAAGGAUGUCUUUGCAUUUCAGGUUUUGCCCAUCAUUGUUUUCUUCAGCUGCGCCAUGUCAGUCCUCUCCUACAUGAGCCUCAGGCAGUGGGUGAUCCUGAAGAUGUCCUGGCUGGUGCAGGCCACCAUGGGCCUCAUGGCCACGGAGACCCUGAGUGUGGCUUGAAACAUCUUUGUGAGCCAGACUGAGGCUCCUCUACUGAUCCGGCCCUACUUGGCAGACAUGACACUCUCUGAAAUCCACGUUGCCAUGACCAGAGGCUAUGCCACCAUUGCCGGCAGCCUGCUGGACGCCUACAUCUCCUUUGGGAUCGAUGCUGCCUCCUUAAUUGCUGCCUCUGUGAUGGCUGCCCCUUGUGCCUUAGCCCUCUACCCGGAGGUGGAGGAGUCCAAGUUCAGGGGUGAGGAAGGAGUGAAACUGACCUACAGAGAUGCUCAAAACCUCUUAGAAGCAGCUAACAGUGGGGCCGCCAUGUCCGUGAGGGUCGUGACCAACAUCGCAGCCAACCUGAUUGCUUUCCUGGCUGUGCUGGCCUUCAUCAACGCUGCCCUCUCCUGGCUGGGAGACAUGAUGGACGUCCAAGGGCUCAGCUUCCAGGUACAGCUCAUCUGCUCCUACAUCCUGCGGUCAGUGGCCUUCUUGAUGGGCGUGGCCUGGGAGGGCUGCCCGGUGGUGGCUGAGCUGCUGGGAAUGAAGCUGUUUCUGAACAACGGGCGCCGAGGAGUGGGCCGGUUCCAGGAAGCAGUAGAUCUCUCAGGUAUUUGUUGAGACCUCUGAAGUGCCAGGCCCUCUGCUGGGUACCAGGGAUAAAAAGGGGAAUUCGACAGACAUGGUCCC